GGGCUUUGAAACCAUAUAAAAGUUCUCAAAUCUCCCUGCUCCAUCCAUCCACUUGACUUUGUGCUUCUCCCUGGUGACUACUCGGUCGGAUAAUCUUGUUUCCUGAAAAGAUGUCUUUGAAUCAAAUGCAAAUCAAGCAGGAGAUCACCCUCCCACCUGGCCUGAGCAAAACCAUCUCAAAGCAGAGCCAAGAGCCUGUGCCGUUAGCUGAGCCGGUCCCGUGUCCACAGCAGCAAGCUGAAGUCCAAGUCACAGCACUUGGCCCAGAAACAGAGCCAGUAGCAGUGGUACAAUCCCCAGAACAAACAGUGCUGUUGUCAACACCUGUGGUGGAAGCAGUCAGGGAAGAAACACCAGUGGUUCGGGUGGGUGAGUGGCCACCCCAGCAACAGCAGCAGCAGCAAUGUAAGCUACCAGCUGCAUCACACCCUGAUCCUGUCCAGGGCCCUGAAGAGAAAUCAGCGUGCAAAGAGCUGCCUGUGCCAGUCCCUAUCCCUGUGCCCACCACAUCCCCUCCAGAGAAGCAGGAGUGCAAGGAGAAUCCUGUGACAAUCCCUGUUGCAUACCCUGAACCCACACCAUGUGCCCAAGAACAGCAGCAGUGCAAGGAGAUCCCUCUGCCUGUCCCUGUUGCAUGCCCUGAACCUGCACCAAGUUCCAAGGAGCAGCAGCAAGAGGUCAAGGAGAUCCCUCUGGGCAGCGAGUGGCCUCCAGAGAAGCAGGAGUGCAAGGAGACCCCAUUGACAGCCCCUGUUGCAUACCCUGAACCCACACCAUGUGCCCAAGAACAGCAGCAGUGCAAGGAGAUCCCCCUGCCAGUCCCUGUUGCAUGCCGUGAACCUGCACCAAGUUCCAAGGAGCAGCAGCAAGAGGUCAAGGAGACCCCUCUGGGCAGUGAGUGGCCUCCAGAGAAGCAGGAGUGCAAGGAGACCCCAGUGACAGCUGCUGUUGCAUACCCUGAACCCACACCAUGUGCCCAAGAACAGCAGCAGUGCAAGGAGAUCCCUCUGCCAACUCCUGUUUCAUGCCCUGAACCUGCACCACAUCCUCAGGAGCAGCAGCAAGAGGUCAAGGAGAUCCCUCUGGGCAGUGAGUGGCCUCCAGAGAAGCAGGAGUGCAAGGAGACCCCAGUGACAGCCCCUGAGCCUGGGAAGUGCUCCCUGCCAGAGAAAAGUGCUCCCAUUGAGCAGCAGCAGGUGAAGCAGCUCAGCCAGUGGCCACCCACGCAGAAGUAA